GGGUUUUGGACACCGUGUUUUGUUUGUUUGUCGUACCGAUUGGGUGCCUUCCAGACCUUAAACACGUUUUUUGGACAAAUUAAAUGGAAGAAUCCGCCUUCUUCACCCGUGAAAAUUUCGGCCACCGCUUGAAUAGACUCAGCACCUUCCCGGUCUUUAUAUGGUGUUCUGCUUCUGCCUGACCGCCGAUGGGUCGUCGGGGUCUCCUUGAAUGACUUUCGCAUCCAGGACACUAUUGAAUGACGGAUUGGUGGUGAUAUUCCGCCAACGUAAACACACUCUUACAUAGUUUAAGUCAAAAUUUCAACAAUUUAUCAAAAUACAGUCAAAUUUCCAAUCAUCCAUCCAAUUUUAUCCAUAUCCUUAAGACUAAUCGUGUAUCUCACUUUUUUAGAGUACCUAGCCAAGUUCUCCAUUGUGUCAUUGCUUAGAUAUUAUUUCCGAGCUUUUUUUUCCUCUUCCUCUUCCAUUCACUUCCUGCCAUUCCCCAUCAAACUAUUAUUUCUUCUUUAUUUCUUUCAUUGUUGAAUGUUUCAUUUUUUCUUUAAUAGGUAUACAGUAACCGUAUAUAAAAGAACACUUGUUGUUUGACAACUUUCAUUGCUAGGAUCGCUAUUCGCAGCAAUUAGCUUUUAAAUUUUUCAAUAGAUCAUCAAACGUAACAAGAGCUUAUUUCGAUUUCUGAGGAACGAUUAUAGAAGUGAAACAAAGUCUAGGCACUACAUGUUACGGUUUCGAAACUUGACUUUCUGUUUUUGUUCAACAGACUUCGCAGCCAGCUGUUAGAGUGCAGGACAAUUGCGGGGCUAGUGCUACAAUCCUCCUAUUGACUCUAACAGCCUCUCCAAGCUGAGAUUCGAACAUACCACGACUGGAUUGUUAGACCAGCGGCGUACCUCGAGGCUAUCUUGGAGGACCUUUAUACUGCAAUAUAUUUAAAAUUUAACAGCCGUUGCUGAUUUAUCUUAUCUACCGCUAUCUACUAGUAGGAUUCAUUUAAUGGCGAUAUCAUCGAAGUCUUUUCUUUCUAAUUUGUUUGCAUUCUUAGCAUGGCAAACGGCUUAUCAAAUAAAGGUUUUAUGUCUUCCAUUGAAACUAAAAUAGCAGUGUUUCCAAUAUGUAUAAUCUUGUAAAAAACUACAGAAAUAUUAGAAGUGUUGGCAUUAUAUCAUGCUAUAUUGUUAUUUUUCCUCUCACCUAAGUGUUUACAAAAAAAGUUUUUCUUAAAAAGAAAUCACCACACAAGAUUCAUCAUUUCUACACCUUUGUUAAGGCAGUGGCAAUUAAAUUUUUACAACUGUCAUUUUCACGAGACAUGAUUUACUACCUAUAGUUUUUCCUCCUCAACCGACCAUCAUUUCUAUUUUUAAUGACGAUAUUAUCAGUUGUGUAAAUACAACACAAAGCACUACGGAGACGGAUGCUUCUGGUUUAACAAUGCCGUGCAAGUGUGCGCACAGCACGCAUCUGUUUCUAAGUACGACCUUGCCGAUUGCCAAUCAACUAUGUAUCUCUAGUUUCCCUCGUCAAUUAAACGACCAAACGGCGACGUUGAAGCACUUUCUCCUGCAAAUUCGAGGCCUCAAGCCAUUCAAGCCAACACAUUCGAUUUUUGACCUAGUAUUUAGGUGAAUGGAUAAGAAUCUGGCCAAUUUUUUUACACUGCAACUGAAAAGGAAAAAUUGUUAACAGAACGAACGUAACGUACCAUGAUUGUGGCCGAUUACGGUGGCAAUGGGAAGAUUGCCAGCGAUAACGGAGGCAACAGUCUCAUACAAUCCAACUCUUUCUACAGGCAAAAACAGGAACAACUGCGUAGACGUCGAGAAGAGGAAGAACGAAUAGCAGCUCAGAAUGAUUUUCUCCGGAACAGCCUGCGAGGCUCCCAACGAUUGCGGGCAUUGCAGGACAACCCGGUUGUUGAGAAGCCAGUCAUCGGUGUUGAUAACGAAGCGUACGCAGAUGACGAAGAAGCGGAAAAAAUUAUCGGGUACGGUGAACUGGUAUCAGCGCUGCAUCGAUUGCAGGGUCACCUCAAUAAGCACGGCUUAGCCGCACUCGCUGGUAGAGUAACGGCGGCGCAAACUCUGCUGCUUGGACCUGGGAUUGCUCGUGCUCUCGCCGCACGAACAGCCGUACUGGAACGACGACGGCCUAAAGUACAGAAUCCCAUUUGCUCAAAUGCUCAGGCACUCGCCAAGGACUGCGUUGAAUCGUUGGCCCAGUCCAGUUCACCGGCUGCAAUAGAACUAUGUGAUCUGCUAUCAACGUAUGAAAUGGAAGGACUGCUGCUCGCACAUGAUCGUGUUGCCUCGACCACCGAUCGUACACCUGCCUACGGCGUCAGUGCUGUCGCCGUGAAUCCUGCGGUGCCAUUGCCCAUGAACAAUAAUGCAAUGAUCAGUGCUACACCGGUCAAAUCCACAUCAGUUAUGCCAUCUAUUCCAAAUAACACUAGCUUAGUAAAUAACAAUAACAACAACAUAGCCAAGCGUGAACCGAUGAGUGUUCCACUUGGAGUACUACGCGACGGUAGUCAGGAUCACAUUAGGAUAAUCCAGAUAGAAAAGUCAUCGGAGCCGCUCGGUGCUACUAUACGCAACGAAGGUGAAGCGGUUAUAAUCGGCCGCGUGGUGCGGGGCGGCGCAGCCGAGAAAUCUGGACUGCUGCACCAGAAUGACGAAAUUCUUGAGGUGAACGGAAUCGAAAUGCGCGGAAAGUCUGUCAAUGAUGUGUGCGCUCUUCUCGGUGCGAUGACCGGAACACUAACGUUCCUAGUGGUGCCUGCCGGUGCAUCACCGAUGGUUCCUGGCAUGCGGGAUCCACCGGUUCUACAUGUACGGGCUCAUUUCGACUACGAUCCAGAGGACGAUCUGUACAUUCCAUGCCGCGAGCUUGGCAUCAGUUUCCAGAAAGGGGAUGUGCUGCACGUGAUAUCUCGUGACGAUUCAAAUUGGUGGCAAGCUUAUCGCGAAGGCGAGGAAGACCAAACUCUUGCCGGACUGAUACCUAGCCAACCGUUCCAGCAUCAACGCGAAUCGAUGAAGCUGGCCAUAGCAGGUGAAGUGGGAUUAAGAACAAGAAAGGAUGCCAACGGUAAGGCGGGAGGUUCUACAUUGCUCUGUGCUCGCAAAGGGCGAAAGAAAAAGAAGAAAGCAAGUAGCGAACAUGGCUAUCCCCUGUACGCAACGGCAACCGCCGAAGACCCAGAUCCGGAGGAAAUUCUUACAUACGAAGAGGUUGCACUUUACUAUCCACGGGCGUCCCACAAACGACCGAUCGUCCUGAUCGGUCCCCCCAACAUUGGACGUCACGAGCUUCGGCAACGUUUGAUGGCCGAUUCGGAACGGUUCGCUGCUGCCAUACCUCAUACAUCUCGACCCCAACGGGAAGGGGAAAUUCCCGGCCAAGACUAUCACUUUAUUUCGCGACAGCAGUUCGAAUCGGAUAUACUAGCGAGAAAGUUCGUUGAACAUGGCGAAUAUGAGAAAGCGUAUUACGGAACAUCGUUGGAGGCGAUCCGUGCGGUGGUGGCCAGCGGUAAAAUAUGCGUACUCAAUCUGCAUCCCCAGAGCCUGAAGCUUCUGCGGUCCUCAGAUCUGAAGCCAUACACGGUGCUCGUUGCGCCACCCAGUUUGGAAAAGCUUCGUCAAAAGCGAAUACGAACUGGUGAACCGUACAAGGAGGAAGAACUGAAGGAAAUUAUCGCCACGGCCCGCGACAUGGAAGCCCGAUGGGGUCAUUUGUUCGACAUGAUCAUUAUCAACAAUGACACAGAACGGGCGUACCAUCAGCUGUUAGCCGAGAUCAAUUCGCUAGAACGAGAACCACAAUGGGUGCCAAGUAGCUGGCUGCAUAACUAAUUUAAGUCAGUGAUGCGUUUUCUACUUAUAUAUUUGUAACUUUUGUUGUUUUGUAAAAAAAGGAAACUAUCGGUUAAGUCUGAUACUAAUUAGUGAGCAUGAAGGUAAAUUAUCGUAAUUUAUGUAAGUAGAACCCUAACACAUUAUAUGAAAGGAAAACGUCCCUUUUGUAUUACAAUAUAUAAAAAUACAGCUGGGGCGACGAAACAUGAAUAAUGAGAAUCAAAAUACUUCUAGGAGCAUAAAAAUAAAUUCCAAUUGAUAAAUAUACGAUAAGCGACGUUGUUAUUUUCGUUUUUGAAACAGAGUAUAAAAAGUUUAUUUUAUAUCUAGCUUAUUCCAUGUAAAAAGUACAUAGAAGGAUUGUUUUAUAUGUAUAAAUUUUAUUUAUCUGUCCAAUAUUUUUACAGUUAUAUCGAUAAAAACAACUGAACACAAUAAAAGCAAUUUCUAAAUGUUAAAAAGGAAACUUAGAAAAAAUACAGUCAGAACUCAGAAACCCUUUACAUAAUUCAAUAGACGUAACGCAUUACAAUAUUUAAUCUCUACAAGACAAAAAAAACGACAAAAACUAUUCGAUCCGGCUCGCAAAAUAUUUAGAAAAAUAACAACAAAAAAAAGUAUUCGUGUUCACAAUUUACUCUAGAAGAACGAAAGAACAAACUAGUGGUAACAAAUUGAGGAGAACAUGCCAGUACAGAAAGAUAGCGAAUCCAGCUUAAAUUCAUCCACAAAACAGUGUUAAAAACCGAUAUUUUUGAUACGUAUUCAAGUAACGUCGAAGAUCGUUUGCAGUUAGCUGCCGAUUAGUUUGCGACAUUAAACACAUUCUCUCCGGUCCGACAAAGCCGCCUUCGAAAGUAAAAGUAAACAUGAACAAAAGAAUAUUACGCUCAAUAUUAUGCAUGUAUAGUUGUAAUAACGAAUAAUAAAAACCACCAGA